CUUAUAGGCUGUGUUAUCUGCUUUGGAAGACACAGAUUUUAAUUUGCAUUGGUGCUAGUCCUCGUGCAACUGGAGUGAAAGGGGUUAAAUCACGUGUUGAGCACUUGGGAGCUGAAGAAGAAAUACUCAGCCGUUAUUCAUUCCACUACAAAGCGUCUUCGUCAGCGGCAGUUGUCAUCAAACCUCUGCCCCUGUCUGCUCUGCACACACUGUGUCUGUGCCAGACUGUGUCUGUGGCUGAACAUGAUGCGGACUGUAGUGUUUUGCGGCAUCUUGCCUUUGCAACUUCUCCUCUGCGUCUAUUCUCUGCCGGUACACGACCGGACCGUCAACUCUUACAAGCAGCUACAGGGAUGGCCUCACAGCAGCGGUCAUGUUGGUCUGAAGAAGAGGGGAAGACAUGAACAGGACACACUCAACAAAGAGUACCAUUUCAAGCCUGUACUAGCAUCCAAAAAUGACACAGAGUUCUGGAAGCGUCCUCGCUGUGGAGUCCCAGACUAUCCCACCUUAACGCAUGUUGGCCUGUCGUAUUAUAACCUGAAGAAGAAGAAGGGAGGCCUGAGUGGACAGCAGCGCAGGAAGCGAUUUGCACUGUUUGGAGGGCGCUGGGAGAAGACUGACCUCACUUACAAGAUUGUGCGUUUCCCCUGGCAGAUGAGUGAGGGCAAAGUGAGGCGUGUCUUCCUGGAGGCAUUCGGUGUAUGGAGUGCAGUGACUCCUCUGACGUUCAGAGAGGUCACCACUGAGAAAGCUGACAUCAUUAUUGACUUUAGCAGGUACUGGCAUGGGGAUAACUUGCCAUUUGAUGGUCCUGGAGGGAUCCUCGCCCACGCCUUUUUCCCCAGGACACACCGAGAGGGCGAAGUGCACUUUGACUAUGAUGAGCAUUGGACGGUGGGCAACAGUGUGGGCACGGAUCUCUCACAAGUGGCAGCUCAUGAGUUUGGCCAUGUCCUCGGCCUGCAGCACUCCCUGGAGCCUGAUGCUGUGAUGUGUCCUUUCUACAGCGACUCCUACCCUCUGCAGCUCAGUGAGGAUGACAAGAGGGGCAUCCAGUAUCUGUACGGCCCCCCUCGGCACGCACCGCCCGACAUGACGGAGACCAAUGAGAUUGACAUUGGAAUGCCACACGCCUGCAGGACAAACUUUGAUGCCGUGUCCAUGAUCAGGGGAGAGCUGUUCUUCUUUAAGUCGCGAUAUGUUUGGCGUAUCCGUGAUGGACAGCUACAAGCUGGCUAUCCCGCCUUGGCUUCACGCCACUGGAAAGGCAUUCCUAACCAUAUCGAUGCUGCGUAUGAAGACAAGUCUGGCAACAUCUGGUUCUUCCAAGGUGACAGCUACUGGGUGUUUGAUGCCGAGAGGAAGAUUACAGGACCUGAUUCAGUGCGGCAGCUGGGUCUUCCUGUAACAGAUAUCCAAGCAGCUUUGAAGUGGGAGGAGGGCCGCGUUGAGAAAGUCUACCUCCUCAAGUCUGCUUCUUACUGGCCCUUCAAUCCUCAGGAGAAUCGACUGGAUGAUGUCCAUCCUCGCAGCAUGCACAAGUGGGGAGGAGUGCCUGGCCAUAUUGAUGCAGCCUUUCGGGACAGAUAUGGCUAUGCCAAUUUCCUGAGUGGGCUGCACUACUGGAAGUUUGACCCUGUGGCACUGAAAGUGCUAGAAGGCUACCCCCGCAGCAUUGGCAUGGAUUUCUUUGGCUGUUCUGUCUAAAUAAGUUCAUACACAUACAUCUGCUAAACAUGUGAAGAGCAUUGGGUGGAGUUUUCAGCCUAAUUCUCCAUACAGAACAUUCUGGCUAUUCUGGAUAUACCUAUACACUGAUGUAUUUCAUAAAGAUGACUCAGAACCCACAUUAAUACAUCAAAGUCUUGCCAAAGUCUCUGUUCACUGCAAACACAUAAUUUUUUUUAAACAAUGACUUUGCAUUUAAGAAUACGUUUAUACAUUUACUCUGAGCGUAGGCUCACAGUAACAGUCACUCAGUAUGUGUUUACUUUUGCAUGACCAGGAAUGAUUUUGUCAUUUUGAGAUAAGAAAACACAUCUGGAGAUAGCUGAUUAAAAGUCAUACAGCUUCUCCCCCAGUCUUUGGACCCCAAACCCACCAUUAAAGAGUAACUCUUCUCUAGAUCUCACAGAAGUAGUACUGCUGCCCUGACCUCUGUGGGUCAAAAGGUUCAAGUCUGUGGUGAUGCCACUAGUACUGUGUUAAGUGCUGGACUGUAAUGGUUGCGUACCUAGCCUCAAGAAGUUUGCAGAGCAGGCACGAUUACAAGUGUUUUUUUGGCUUAAACCUGACCACAUGUUAACUAUAGUUUUGUUGAAACAUACAGAAGGUUAAAUGAAUCCACUGCAUAAUAACAUACUAUGUAACAUAUCUGUGGUUUGCAGAAACGUACAAUGCCAACAAAUAUUCUGGUGAAUGAAUUGGAGUACAAGUACUCAUUAAUGUACACCUUGCUUACUAGCAAAAUUGAGACACGUAUUAAGACUUUGGUUUGCUCAAACGAACUGGGCCAAAUGAUAUGUUUGACCACAUCUAAAUGCAAACAUGGUUAUAUUUGAUCUGAAUGACCACACCUGAAGGUGGGCCAAAAAGCCUGCCACCUCCUGACAGCAUCUAGGGUUGAAUUCUGAGCGCUGAGAUCACUAUAUUUCCUAGAAAUACUCUGGUUGUUGGCACAUGUCUGCUUGUGUGUCUGUGUUAACCUAGUGAAGACCAACAUGUUCCUUGAAAAUGAAAUCAGUCACAAUCACUACAUAUUAAUUUAGCAAAACACAAUCAAAGGUGUAUUUAAACAACUCUAAAGCCUCCACACCCACAAUUUACAAAUAGAAAAAGAGACAUUGUGAUUUAACAGGCACCUUGUUGCAGGUAUUUACUUUAGCCUCGAUGACUGCACACAGCACCACUGAGGUCCUGUCCUCCGUGGGGUUCACAUACCCUCCAACUCUGAAACCAGAUGAUUCCUCUGUGUGUGCUUACUAGUGGCUAACAUUAGCAAGAACACACAACAUGUAGUAACAUCAGCAUGACAACUUCCGAAAUUGUAGGGGUUGAAUUCCUCCUUUUUGUUGGAGGCAAACCCUGUCCCCACACCUCCAGCCCCUGCACCAAACUAACUCAUCCCGGACCAGCCUCUCCACUGCACACACGCAGACCAAACUGAUAUCAACCGUCCAUCAAACGCAUAGGGCCCUAUUUAGAUGGUCUAAAGUGGACGGUGGAGGGCGCAUAAUCCAUGUCGCAAGUGUCAUUGCUAUUUAGAUGCAGGCGCAGUUGUCAUUUUCAUGCCCUGCGCCCUCGUCGUCUAACUAGCAAAUGAACUUGUGCUUCUCUGGGUGUGUUGGUCUAAAAAUGAGCAGUGGUCAGGCGCAGUCAUGGCGCGUUGCUAGUUAGAUGACGUAAAAAGCAAAUGUGCCAGUGACCAACAAAAACCUGGUCUGAAGUCAACGGCGCAGUAUUUCGCUGUUAAACAAGUUAGUAAUAUGCGUCUCUAGGCGGGUGCACAACGCGCAUGCACUCUGCUCAGACACACACACAGAGCAGCCACACAUAUGCAAAAGAUAACAAAUAAAAAUAUGAUUACAAUGUGAAAGGUUAUUAUUGUGCACAUUAAAAUAUUUAUCAGAAACACGUCUUAAUGGUCAGUCAUUAAUCAGAAUGAUCUAAUUGCAGUAAUAAUGGUCAUCAUAAUUUGUAAUAAUGACAAAUGAAAUUGUGAAAGUAUCUGACCAAUCAAUCAUUUUUUUUGGAUUGAAAACCAAAGCCCACACAUUGCAUUUAUUUUAACAUGUUAUACUAGGCUACAUUAUAUACUAGGCUACAUUAUAUUAUAUUAUUAUAUGUUAUCUGAGUGUAGAGAGGACACACAUGCAAAUAAGAGGCAGAACACAGCUCUAGGAAACGUGUAAACAAUUAACAAACGUGGGUGGGGGAGAAAACGCUGAACAGGUCCUAGCUGCAGGAUCAGCACCUUGGGGAGCUCCGCGCCAGUCCUGACAGCUGUGCUCUGUUAUAUGAUGAAAACAGGUUUGAAUAAUAUUCCACAGAUAUUUAGUAAGAUCUUUCUUGUAUUAGUGAUCCCACGCCUGCUUUACCUCGGGGAGCUUGGGUGCCUGUCUGCUGUCCCCGUAGAUCUGGUUCUGACGGGCCUUCAUCUCCCGCACGAGGAGAUCCGUCACCUCAGCUGUAAAAUGCUCACUCUUUCCAGUUGGUAGGUCCGCCAUCUAACUAGCUCUCCGCCAUGCGCUCCAAUCGCGCCUCUUUUAAAGGGAAUGAGAGGUGACACUCUGAUUGGCUUAUUGAAUGAUACACCCAAAACACACCCAUGACUAAUUCACAGAGUAAGUCCAACCCUUUUAGACUCUCCGCCAUGGCGCACAGUCUAAAAACACGCUGUCUAACUAGCAAGUGACUGGGACACGCCCAUGUGCCGCACGCCUGGCGCUUCGUGUUUUAGACCAUCUAAAUAGGACCUAUGGUGUGACAGCAAACAAUUGGACCCCUAAAAUGUCAAAGUAAUAAAGUGUUGCUCGCAUUAGUAACUGUUAUGAAUUUCACAUUGUAAUUCCUUUCAACACUCAUUACUGGUGUGUUUCUAAGUAACAUGAUACUGCCCAGCACUGCUGAAAACUACCUACUGAAACAUCAAGCCUCAUAACUCCUACGAAGCAACCUUUAUAGAUAAAGUCUAAACUUAAAAUGACACCACUUUGUUCAGCUGUGUGGCAACAUAUUUGUAGAAUAAUUGUAAACAAAAUCUGUAAACAAAAACUGUGCAGGUGUCCUGUCAGACAUGCAGGACACCUGCACAGAGCACAAUUUAACUGAUGUAGCAUCACAUGCAUGGCUAACCCUAAUGUUACAACUGACAAACAAUCCUCCAGCCCCUCAAAACACCUACUCCAUCCACUCCAUGCUAGUACGGUCUCACUGUUCCAUCUGUUUUUCAACAAUUUAAAUAAUAAGACAAUUGAAGCCUUUUGCUCGCUGUUUUUGUGUUGCUAUGUGCCCCGUGUUUCUGUACUUUAGGCGCCUGGUGUUUUUGUCGGAGCACUCUGAACUCCUCAGUUGAAAAAACCUCAACUCAGUGCGAAAAAGUGGCCCACAUCAUCUCUGUGUUUUUCCCAUUGUCCACAUGGAUGAUUUGAAAGGUGGGCCUUCUGUUUUUGGUCAUGACAACAAGUUAGCAGUUGGUAAACAAUGGAGAAGAAACUGUUGGUAGCGAUUGCUGGAUACCCAGAGCUAUACAACUUAAUUCAUUUUUGUUAUGCUAGGCCCGACGAAAGACAGCAGGUUGUCAAACUGCCCCAGAGUCAUCCUAAAAUGUGACUGACAAUGGCCAUCAUGGAGGCGAAGCUCCUGGACCAACUGGUGGUACUCCCCAUGAUCUCUGUUUUCCUGUGCCCAACACACUAUUUGCUGACAGCCUCUCACCCUCAACCAAAGCUACAGCAAGUACCCUCUGCCUGUCCAUUUAAGGAACUAGAUUCUAAUUACUGUGAAAUUAAGGAUGUAAUUUUUAGCCAGCCAAAAUAAAUGGUAGACUAAUUACACAGGAAGGGUAUGGUAAGGAGAUGAUGGGGUUGUUGCUUGGCAAUAAUGAAAAGGUACAACAAGUGUUAUUUUACUAGUUGCAUUCAAUUAAAAAAAAGGCAGUGCGGUGCCCCUCACGUUUUGCAACCUGCAACAUGUUCUCUGUGAUUUUUGUGAGACUCAAAUAGUUUUGGAUGAAUCAACGUAAAUGGAUGCAAAAAUGACAGGAUGGGCAAAUAUAUAAAGUGCCUUUAAGAGGAAUUCAUUUGCUGUGUUCUGCUGGAAGAUCACUUGUGGCAGUACUAUGCCCAUGUGUGCCCAAACUCUGAAAGAAAAAACAGAUAAAACUUCCCAACAGGAUGUUGGAUCAACCAACCAGGUUGCUUAACGUACACUAUUCUGAAGGUGUGUGCUGGCUCCUCUUAACGACACCCCUGUCUGCGUAGGUUUGCAAAGAUGUCAACAUAUUUUUUGCAGAAGCAUUAUUCAGGCUCCAAUUUUGUUCCUUAGUGCCACCUGGGCAUUAGCUUCAACCUUGGUUUACCAUUUCAUUGUUCCCACCCUUGACAUUAUACACAGAAGAGCAUAGCUGCAGAUUUGAAGGCAUACCUCUGCACUGCCUUACAUAUCUACAAAUCUUUGCCUUUUUGGUAUUUCCAAACUAGUUAAUCUCAUUUGUGCGUUGACUGCGUCCUCAGCUUCCUUUGGUUUUGGUCAUGAUGUUCUCAUGCCUCCUGUUGCCACCUCAACCACAGACCAUUUAGCUGUAAUUAUGCAAGCAAAAAAGAAAGGGACUUGCUGAAUUUAAGAGGCAGAUUAGGUAUCAAUAAGAAAUCAGGAGAAGUCAGGAAAUAACUCAUUUUGCUGAUGCAGGGCAGCACCAUAACAGUGUAAUUAUUUACAACAGCCUUCCAGUCGAGAAUUUAGCGUGAAGAUUGACGGAUAGUUAUCAUUGCACUGACUGUGGUCAAGAGUUGUGUUGCUUUGGUUUCUUGUGCUGUAGGUGAGCUGUUACAAACUCAGCAGGAGAAUGAUCCUUAUUAUCAGCCAGUAUUGAAAACCAGCUUUGGGUCAAAUUGGUCACGCUUAUCUCCCUCAGUUCACUGCAGCACGUCCAGAUUGAAUGAAGCAGUGUGCUCAUCUUUGAAUAUUUAAGGUGCUAUUGAAAGUUCUAAACCAGUACCUCAUACUUCACACAUUUAAAAAGUCUAUUCAGUGUAUUCUUAUUGUGCAUGUCAUAGGGCCAUACAGUAGUCCUCAUUAUCUUUGGCUCAGCUUUGGUUCAGUUCUCUGAUUAUUGAGUCUUCAUUAGAAAUGCUCUGAGACUGUAUCAUUCUCAGAUGAUUAAAAACCGUAUUAUAGUUUACAGACAAUGUAUUAUGGUCUGAUAUAAAUCAUGUGUUUCAGUCCUGAUCAGAGAAAUGAGACAGAGCUUCAUUAUGGUUUGACUUACUGUAUGUAUUUUUUAUGGAUACUACAUUUGGUUAUUUGUAUUCAAGGCAGGGGCGGAAAUCCCGGAGGGGACAGGGGGGACAUGACACCCCCUUCAGUAAAGCUGUACCCCCCUAGAAUCAUUUGAGACACAAUUAAUAAUUUUUGAACAAUACAGUAGUAUUUAUUGAAAGCACAAUGUAAGCGGUGCUCAUUAUAAUCGCGCAAUAAUGUGCUAUUUAAAUCUUAAAAGAUUUAGUCCCCCCCUCCCAAUCCUAGUAGUGGUAUCUCCCACACUCUUUCCAAAGGGCGGGGCUGCUUGGCAGCAGUAGCAGUGUGUGGCUGGAACUGCUGUCCACAUCGCGCAUCGCAGAGUAAGAUGUUCACUCACACAGACACAGUUUAACUUAGGCUACACAUGUUACAACACAUCCCAUUUACUGUCACAACAAGCCCCAGGCCCAGGCUGAUAAUAUAAACUGUCUGCAACAUUUCUCCUGCAUUGUUCAAAAGCCUACUCAAUUAUGAGUGCUGCUAAGCUAAAAGCUAAUGAUUAAGCUCAGAGUUUAGUGAUAGAGAGGACAGGAGAGAAAGAAGAGGGAGAGGACAGGACAAGAGCAAUCAGUGGCGGAGCAAUGGGUACCUGUCUGUAGGCUUUCCACCUGUCAGUGAGACAAACAUGAAUGACGUGCAGUCUAACUGACAAGGAGCUGUCAUUACGCGUGACUAUUACGCAUGGUUGUGGCGGAGCGGCUCGUAUGGGUACCUGUCUGUGGGCUCUCCUCCUGUCAGUGAGACAAGAAAGACGUGCAGAUGAGGAGCGGUCAUUACGUGCGACUGUUACGCAUGGUUGUGACGGAGCGUAGCUAAUGGGUACCUGUCUGUAGGCUCUCCUCCUGUCAGUGAGACAAACAUCAAAGACGUGAAGACGAGGAGUGGUCAUUAUGCACAACUAUUACGCACGGUUGUGAGGUGCGCAGCGACAGAUCUCACAGCACACUGUUUAUAAACCAGUUUACCAGUUUAAUUGCAGGAAAUGUUUAGUUUUAGUUUUAGUUCAGUUAGUAUAGACAUUCACUCUGCCUGUUGGAGAGAUAGAAAGAAGAUUAAAGUGUCAAACUGCGGUAAAAGAUGCUGUAUAAAAGACAGGCUACAACUUUUUUUCCUUGUCCCCCCCCUGGAAUUAUUCUCUAAAAUUUUACUGUUUAUUGUCCCCCCCAACUAUGAAAUGGGAUUUUCGCCCCUGAUUCAAGGUCUUAUUGUUUGUAAUCAGUGCAGGACACUGAUUAUUGCAUUGACUUGUAAAAUACACUGUGGUUUGUCUGCAGAAAUAGCAGUCCAGUGUAGCUUGGACACUGUCACUUGUGACUUUAAACAGUGUCAACAUGUCCUGACUUCAAUGUUUUAUGAUAUAUUUUGAUCUACUUUCAACAUAAUACUGAUCUGUUUGCUUUUAUAUUAUUUUUCCAGUCAGAAUAUGUAUUUGUUCUGUGAAUAAAUCUGUAAAGUUUUUUGUUUACAAUA